CCUCGGAGCAAGUUAUUGCUUCGGGAGCAGCUUGUGGAUCCAUCGAGCUAGCCUUUCGUCGCCAUACAUAUUGGCCUCUCACACACUUGGCCAUAUUAUUCUCCCAUCUCUUACCACUUCAAGCGUAGGCUGUUUUGUAGAGUGAGGUCGGACAAGGAAAAGAACGCCCCGCUACGUUGAUAAGUACAUAGCAGAUCUCAAUGUUGCAGCAAUUGACAAGACGGUACUUUGCGCACAGCUCUUGCGUGCAAAGUCAGACAAUCGGAAACACUGUCUGAUACUGGUCAGUGGGACUGCAGGAUUCGCAGAGUUGUUUACGUGGUCGGCGUAUCGAUCGAUUGGUUUUGAUUUUUGUUGUUGUUCAAUUCUAGCCCUCUUCGACACUCAUCUGUGACGGUCGCGUACAUGAGCAUAGAGCUUUGCGGAAUCUGCCUUUCUACCCAGGAAAGGUAGUGAAGUGUUUCCAUAAAUUUUGCGCUCGAGGUUGAGAGAUUCGGUAGCUAGUGCACUGUUGAUUGGGGGUGACUAACAACCAUGACUAGGGCUCCGGUAAGCAGCGCCAAUGAGAAAGACGCUAGUCUUAAGAAAGGUCCGUGGACACCAGACGAGGAUCAGAAGCUGGUGGCUUACAUUCAGAAGCAUGGGCAUGGGAGCUGGCGCUCUCUGCCUCUUCAUGCUGGGCUCCAGCGAUGUGGUAAGAGCUGUCGAUUGAGGUGGACGAACUACCUAAGGCCGGACAUCAAGCGAGGUCGAUUCUCACAGGAGGAGGACCAGAUGAUUGUGCACCUCCAUGCGAUUCUAGGCAACAGGUGGUCAGCCAUAGCAAGCCAUCUUCCCCGCCGCACUGACAACGAGAUAAAAAACUACUGGAACACGCACUUGAGGAAGCGACUGCUGCAAAUGGGGAUUGACCCCGUAACACACAAGUCCACAACCGCAGAGGAGCUCAUUCUGGACAACAUUCUCCCCGGUCUAAAGCCCGUGGUUUCUUCCAAUCUCUCCCACAUGUCACAGUGGGAAAUAGCGCGCGCCGAAGCUGAAGCUAGGUUGUCUCGACAAUCAUCUUUAAAUUCAUCAUCGAACUUACAACAUUCUCACCAGGACUUCAACUUGAACACUAAAACGACUCCUUACCAGGGCGCAUCAACCAACUUUAUGAGCACCUGGAAGGCCCGAGUUGCAGAGACUUUGAGACCAGAUUUCGGUACUGUGGAGCUCGACAAGGUGCCUGCAAAUCCUGUCAACCUGCAAGCGUUUUUUCAAGACUGGGAGUCGUUACAAGCUCCACAAGUACUCGCGAAACCGUUUUCGGAGUAUAACUGUAUUGAUUGCCCUGACUUGAGUUCAGGCGCUGCCUCAGAAGUCGUAUCACCUCAAUAUAGCUGUGAGGGAUCUCAAUGCACUAUGCCAGGAUCCUCCACCAUUUUCCCAACACCAGCCCAAAUCAAUGAGAGGCAGUUUGUGUCUCAAUGCGAUUUUUUCUCAUCGCCUCGGAUCGACCUGAAAAGCCGGUUAUCGAUAGGACCGUCAACUAUGUUUCCCCUGUCUCGAAUGAACUCCAACUCGGACAGCCAGUCCCUCUCCGCGGCAGAUUCUAACCUCAAUUAUUCCGGGGCGUGCGCCGACACUGACAAUCAGUUUUCGCCGACGAGCACGUUACAUGCCCCUGACCAUGAUUCUUCUUACACAAAUAGUCCUUGCGGUAGCAGCAACAGCGGUUCAGAGUGCUUCGAUCUACUGGAGCAGACCUUUCCUUUGGUUAACCAAAACAAUAUCAUCAAACCGUCGAGAUCUAACAUCGUGUUUCCGUCGGGACAAACUUUCUGGUCUCGGCAGCAAGUGGCAAUGAUGGACGGCUUUCAACUCGACUCUUACUUUCUCCCUGAGCUUGAAUUAGCCUCGCUGAAGCCUCAGAGCUUCAACGUCGGUUCCACAGCACCAAUUUUGCAUCAAGUUGAAGUUCCGAACGACAUUUCCAUCUCCCACUUUUGAUCUUUACAAUAGUGUGAUUUUUGUUGAAUACUUGAAGAUCUUAAAUGUAGCAAGUAGUUUCUCUGGAAGUUUUUACUUAAUGUUGUUGAAUAGUGCCGCGUACAAAUUUUAACAAACGGCUUGGCUAGUAUAAUAUCCCACUGUGGGAUUGUGCACCAAUGCUGACGACAAUUGUGAAUGGCGGAGGAGACAUCGAAUAGGACUAUUCGAUCUCCGCGUUUGAAACUUGAUGGAUUCCCUUGCUCUCUGCUCUGCCCUCAUCGUCUAGACUUGGGAGAAUCGAGAGCCGCGACGGGCGAAUAUGGGGAAUGCGUAGGCAGAGCCCAAGUUUUGUAGAUAGUUGAGCAUAGGAUGGCGGGGUGCUUGUAAUUGACAAUCUUUUUGAUCGCUGCUCUACACCAGGAGCUAAAGCAUUUGUAAUAUGACAUUUUUUUCGAACA